CCUGCUGGACCCCACAAGGAAGCGAUAAAAAGGCAGGGUGGAGGUUUUCGGUGCAUUUUGUUCUGUUCGCAGUUUUGUUUUCUUUUGCGUGCGUUCCGCUUUUUCGUUUUUCUUUUUUUGUUUGCUUUUUGAGAAGCGGAGAGCAUGUCAGGCCGCGGGAAGCAGGGCGGGAAGGCGCGGGCCAAGGCCAAGUCUCGCUCGUCGCGGGCCGGGCUGCAGUUCCCCGUGGGCCGCGUGCACCGGCUGCUGCGCAAAGGCAACUACGCGGAGCGGGUGGGCGCCGGCGCGCCGGUGUACCUGGCGGCCGUGCUGGAGUACCUGACGGCCGAGAUCCUGGAGCUGGCGGGCAACGCGGCGCGCGACAACAAGAAGACGCGCAUCAUCCCGCGCCACCUGCAGCUGGCCAUCCGCAACGACGAGGAGCUCAACAAGCUGCUGGGCAAGGUGACCAUCGCGCAGGGCGGCGUGCUGCCCAACAUCCAGGCAGUGCUGCUGCCCAAGAAGACCGACAGCCACAAGGCUAAAGCCAAGUGAAACUGAUUCAACAAACAACCCAAAGGCUCUUUUCAGAGCCACCCACACCUUUCCAAAAGGAGCAGGAACACUUGAGUCUAUGAAUGCUAGGAUUAUUUACUGCUUCCUCGAAAACACAAUGUUACCGUGAUUCUAUGUAACUGGAAACUUUUAGAUGUACAUAUAUAUAUUUAACUUAAACUGUGUUCUCCUGCUGUUUAUAUAUCUUUUUUUUUCCUAAAAAGUUAAGAUACCAUACAUGCCCCAGUGUGACUUAAGCUGAAAACAAAUAAAAAAGCUCACUUAAAAGAACAAUAAAGUAUGGCUGAGAGA